UUUUGACGACCAUUAAUGAUAAUUAUUGUUAUAAAUUUUGCGACCGCUUUGUCGUCGCCAAAUGAUAAUUUUCUUGUAGUGAAUACGACCCAAAAAUGUUACAUUCUACAACUAAGAAAGGAAAGAAAAAAAAUCGUUUUUAAUUAAUGAAAAAACUAUUUUUCUUUUUAUUUCAUCAAUUUGUCAAUAUCUGUUUAUUUCACUCCACAAGAUUCCAAUUUCCGCUUAUUUAUUGUCAGUGGACGCUGCUCACUGAGCUCACUUCCCAGAGCUCCAAACUCCACCAAAAUCUCCGCCAUGGAACCCACCCACUUCUCCCGCUUCCUCUUCCUUCUUCUCGCCGCCGGCAUCCUCAUCCUCUUCGCCUGCGCAAAUUUCCCCACCUACCUCCCACCGCAACCCUCCCCCCGCCUUUCCUCCCGCUGCUCUGCCUCCUCCUCCUCCUCCAAUUCCUCCGCAUGCAAAUCCAGAAAAAUCGCCGGAAUCCUCAAACAACCGCCCAACCCCACCGCCGAAUCCCGCCGUCUCCGCCACGAAUCCGCCACUCCCCAGCACCCGCUCGACCCACUCACCAUCCAAGAGCUCAACAAAGUCCGCCACGUCAUCAAUUCCCACCACCUCUUCAAAUCCUCCUCCGCCGUCGCCCUCCACACCGUGGUCCUAGAAGAGCCGCCGAAGUCCGCCGUCCUCCGCUGGUCCCCCGGCGACCCCCUCCCGCCGCGGAAGGCCUUCGCCAUCGCCCGCAGCGGCGGCGACACCCUCCUCCUCUCCGUCGACGUGGCCUCCGGCGAGUUGAAGGCGGACCGGGCGUUGGGUUCUGCCCCGUCGGGUUACCCGACGAUGACGGUCGAGGACAUGACGUCAGCGACGUGGGCCCCGUUCGCGAGCGCCGAUUUCAAUCGGACGAUCACGGAUCGAGGGGUCGAGUUGAGUGACGUGGCGUGCCUGCCGAUCUCGCUGGGUUGGUUCGGGAAAAAGGAGGAGGAUCGGAGGUUGAUUAAGGUGCAGUGCUACUCCAUGAAAGAUACGGUGAACUUCUACAUGCGGCCGAUCGAAGGGCUCACCGUGGUCGUCGAUCUGGAUACCAAAGACGUCAUCGAGAUCGUCGAUAAGGGGAGGCACAUACCCAUACCGAACGCCGCCAACACAGACUACCGCUACUCCGCGAUAAAGAAAAAUCAACGGCUGGAUUUGGUCAAUCCGAUCUCGAUCGAGCAGCCGAAGGGCCCCACUUUCACGGUCACAGGGGACCACCUGGUGAGUUGGGCAAACUGGGAAUUUCACCUGAAGCCCGACCCGAGAGCCGGGGUGAUCGUUUCCCAGGCCCGGGUCAAGGACCCGGAAACCGGGGAGAUGAGGAGCGUGAUGUAUAAAGGUUAUACGUCGGAGCUUUUCGUCCCGUACAUGGAUCCGACUGAUGCUUGGUACUUCAAGACGUAUAUGGAUGCGGGAGAAUACGGGUUCGGGUUGAACUCCAUGCCGCUCGACCCGCUCAAUGAUUGUCCAAGGAACGCUCAUUACAUGGACGCGGUGUUCGCCGCCGGCGACGGUACGCCGUAUGUUCGGCCCAAUAUGGUUUGUAUUUUCGAGAGCUACGGCGGCGAUAUCGGGUGGCGCCACUCGGAGAGUCCGAUCACCGGCAUGGGGAUUAUUGAGGCGAGACCAAAAGUGACGCUUGUGGCUAGAAUGGCAGCUUCGGUGGCGAAUUACGAUUACAUCAUCGACUGGGAAUUUCAAACGGAUGGGCUCAUCCGAAUUAAGGUGGGUCUGAGCGGAAUCCUGAUGGUGAAAGGAACAAGCUACGUGAACAAGAACGAGGUACCCGAGGACGAGAAUCUCUACGGCACAAUGCUGUCGGAGAACGUGAUCGGAGUCAUCCACGACCACUACGUCACGUUCUACCUCGACAUGGACGUGGAUGGCCUCGACAACUCCUUCGUGAACGUCCACAUCAAGAAGGAAGAGACCUCGCCGGAGGUGAACUCGCCAAGGAGGAGCUUCCUGAAGGCCGUGAGGGAAGUGGCCAAGACGGAGAAAGAGGCCCAGAUCAAGUUCCAGCUCUACAACCCGUCCGAGUACCACGUGGUCAACCCGGGCAAAACCACCCGGGUCGGAAACCCGGUCGGGUACAAGGUGGUCGCGGGUGGAACCGCGGCCAGCCUGCUGGAUCACUCCGACCCGCCCCAGCUGCGUGGCGCGUUUACCAAUAACCAGAUUUGGGUCACGCCGUACAACCGGUCGGAGGAGUGGGCCGGCGGUCUGUUCGCUUACCAGAAUCACGGCGAGGAGAAUCUUCAAGUCUGGUCAGACCGGGACAGGGGAAUAGAGAACAAGGACAUAGUGGUGUGGUACACGAUGGGAUUCCAUCACAUUCCCUGCCAAGAAGAUUUCCCGAUCAUGCCGACGGUGUCGUCGAGCUUCGAUCUGAAACCGGUCAACUUCUUCGAGAGGAACCCGAUCCUGAGGAUCCCGCCCAACGUCGAGAAGGACUUGCCGGUUUGCAAGGCGGCUGCUUCUGCUUAGAUGGCGAAUCGAGGAAAUCUGAGAAAUUGAUGUGAUGAUUAGAACUAAUCGGUUGUGUUGUGAAGAGCUGGAAUUAAUGUCUAGUUGAUUAGCUCUAGGGAAUGUUAUGUUCGGGUAUUCAGGAUGCAAAAGCUGCAUAAUCAGGCUGAAGAUGUUCUUCUUUGUGUAUCAACACAGAGUUCUCAAUAAGCCACUCUAUCUAGGUGUAUGAUCACUAGUUUUGUACACAAGUGUAUAGAUUAAUAAUUGUGUAAUAUCGUGCCUGAUUAAAAAGUACUAUCGUUCUUGUUAAAAUUUUACUUCCGAGAGAUGAGAAGAAAGAACACAUACAAUAUGGAGAAACAUACAAAAAACCAUAUCUCCCUUACACCCAGAAAUUCUGACGAGUUUACGUGAUAUUCUAUGGGCAACCCAAUUAGCGAACUGACCUAAACUCUGCAUGAAGGGAACAUAGUAGGUCAAAAGACCUUAAAACAUCCUAUAUGUAUCUCUUAAUUUUCCAAAUAUGUCAUUAAUAUCUACCAACUAGUUCCUCUGCCGAGUAUCCCACUUGUGUAAUCUUAAAAUACAUGUCAAUAUGUAUAGUCCAAUGUUUUGGGUUGUUGUUUGAAGCCCUGCUAAAAUUCGGAGUCCUAAGGUAAGGAGGAAGCACGACUUAGUCCAAGGAGAGACCCAAACCAGGAUCUGUCUUGUGGCCCUAAAAUAGGCCCAAAUAGAUCAACUGAUUAUGAAGUCCGACCUCAAAGAGAAGCACACCCACCCGGCAGGAAAUUCAAUAUCUAAAUAACGACUGGACCAAAAGCUAUAUGGCUUGGAAUUUUGCUCGGCAUGUCAUUUUAGGAUGGAUAGAAAUUUGACAAUCCUGUCACUUUCUUCCUAUAAUCCUAUUACUUUAAUGCUUUCAUCCAAGAAAGACACAAUAACAGACGUCCUUUACCAUGGCUGGAUUUUUAAUUUUCGUUUUUUUUAGUGUAUUUAUAGACGUGUAACUAAGGUUGUCAAACCGGUUUAUGCCAGUGUGCCGGUUUAGCAAGUGGAAUGGUUCGACCAGUGGCACAUACCGGUUUGCGCGGUUCAUGCCGGUCAAUAUUACAAAUAAAAUUAUAAAUACUCAUAUUUAAA